UUUUUUCCAAAUAAUUUGUAUGAUAGCAACGUUGAAACUUGAAAACAGAGUCUCUCUUUCUCUGAAGCUGACCAAAGACCAUUCUCCUGUCUAAUUUGCUGGCAUUAUUGCCUUCUUGUUGUUUUUGCUGCCAAUUCCCUUCCCUUGCAUGACAAGUUUCAAUAUUUCCAAUUUCAAGAUUCCAAAACCCCUUAUUAUUAUUUGUUUAUUUUUAUCUCUUUUGUACUUUGUUCUCUGUAGAGUACCAGAUCUUUGCAUUCCCUGGUUAUAAUUCCGAGGCUGGUUUCUUGUUAGGACCGUUAACUUCUUCUCAUGGCUCAUCGCUACGAUAGUAACCCCUUCGACGAAGAAGAAGUCAAUCCCUUCUCUGAACCAGCUGUAAGGGGAAAAACAUCAAGCCAAUCAAGUUAUAGCGGGGGUGCAUUUUACACUACAAAUCCUGGAAGUGUUGCCCCUGCCACAAAUUCAAGGCUAUCUCCUCUUAAUCCUGAACCCGCUGAUUAUAACUACGGCUUUGGUGCGACAGUUGAUAUACGUCUUGAUCCAUCAAUGGAUUUGAAAAAGAAGGAGAAAGAACUCCAAGCCAAGGAGAAUGAAUUGAGAAAAAGGGAACAGGAAGUCAGACGGAAAGAAGAAGCUGCUGCACGAGCUGGAAUUGUUCUUGAGGAGAAGAAUUGGCCGCCAUUUUUCCCAAUUAUCCAUCAUGAUAUCGCUAAUGAAAUUCCAAUUCAUCUUCAAAGAUUGCAGUAUGUUGCAUUUACUUCAUUGUUAGGAUUUGCAUUGUGCAUCACAUGGAAUAUUGUAGCUGUCACUUCAGCUUGGAUUAAGGGAGAAGGAGUGAAAAUAUGGUUUCUUGCUAUUAUCUACUUCAUAGCAGGAAUUCCUGGAGCAUAUGUCUUGUGGUAUCGCCCAUUAUAUCGUGCUUUUAGGACUGACAGUGCUUUGAAUUUUGGAUGGUUUUUCUUGUUUUACCUGCUUCACCUAGGAUUCUGUAUCUUAGCUGCAGUUGCUCCUCCCAUAGUUUUCAAAGGAAAAUCCUUGACAGGCAUUCUGUCAGCCAUAGAUGUGGUGGGUAACCAUGCAGUGAUUGGAAUUUUCUACUUUGUUGGAUUUGGAUUGUUCUGCAUUGAAACAUUGAUCAGUGUCUGGGUUAUUCAGCAAGUAUAUAUGUACUUCCGUGGCAGUGGUAAGGCUGCUGAGAUGAAGCAGGAGGCUGCAAGAGGAGCAUUGAGGGCUGCAAGAUGAUAAAUUACCUUGUCAAGCCCUGUGUUUGAAUUGCUAUUGUAAAUUAGUAUACAUAUAUAUUGCGGAUGAAAUUAUUUUACUGAGGUCUUUUUUGUUUUUAAUUAUUUCUCUUGUCUAAAACAUGCUACCUGUUCACCUUGUUUGUUAAUGUAUUUGUUGAUGUAUAUUAUAAGUAGGAAGCAUACACAUAGUACAGUGGUAGGUAGAAACGUGCUUCAAUUUAUUGAGUUGAUCCUCUAAGUUUUGGUUUUGUCUUAUUAUUUUAAAGGCUAGCAGUGAUUGUACGAAUAUACAUGAGUAAAUUUUAUUUUAUGCCUUUUUAUUAA